AUGUAUAAAUGUAGUGAGGAAUCACAGAGGCAGACAACAUCCAAUGUUUCUCUUCAAGAUACUACAUUACAAGCCAGUGAAUUAUAUUAUAAUCUUACUGAUUCAGAUGAAGAAGAAAACAUAGUUGUUAAAAUUGUGGAUGAAAAUAUUGCAGUUAACUCAAAAAGCAAUACAAAUAAUAAAAACUUAAAUGUGCCAAAAGCUAAGAAAAGAAAAGGAAGAUCGGUAGCAGAAAUAACCAACCUUAAAACAGAAAUAAAACAAAUUGACAUUGUUUUAGUGGAUGUUUCAGCUGCUAUAAAUAAUUUAAAUAGUAACAAGAAAGAAUAUACUGAUGAUAGGUACAAACUAUUCUCCCGUUAUAUGGCUUCAGAACUAAAAAAUAUUGGUGAGCCACAUUGUGAUGGAGGAGUUUCAGGUGACAAUCAUAAAUUACAAAAGAGAAUUAAGAUCUGACAUUUAGAACUAUUAUUUGUAAGUCUUACAAAUUUUGGUUUACCUAGAGGCUAUGCACAUACAGUCUGCUUUAACAAAAUGUUCACAGCCUCUUCUGACUAUUAGUUUUAGAAGUUGUUUUUUUUCUGUGUUGUUUAUUAUAAGACUGAAUGCGAGUAGCUUAUACCAAUUUAAAACUGUUUUAGUUUUAAAUCAUAGACCCUUCUUUGCCUUUAGAAAUUGUUUUUUUGUUAAUGUUGCUUUUUAUAAGACUGAAUACGAGUAGCUUAUACUAAUUUAAAACUGUUUUAGUUUUAAGUAUUACAAGUAUUACAAAAAAUUGUUAUUUUUUUAUAUUUAUUUUAUUUAUUAUUACCAAAUUCUUUACAUAUUGUGGUAAAUAAUCUUGGAUGGCCAUAAAUUGAAACGAUAAACUUAAGAUUUCACUUUAAACUUUAUUCUUUAUACAACGUACAGGUGGUCGUAUUCGCCAUCUUAUUAUUUCUAACUUAACCUGACUUCCUGUCAAUAACUACUUUACCGGCAGUAUGGCGGUAUUUUCAAAUUUAUUUCCUACAGAUCGGCCAACCUAACAAAUGUUCGUCCUCGAACAUGCAUCAAGUUGACUUCUCGUUUACAUAAAUACAUAAAACACAUAAACGCACAAAAUGAGGCUCAUAAGUUAUGAGUUACAAUCAUAAAAGAGUACAUAAAGGUCAUAAUCAUAAAAUACAUACAUAAUCAUAAAAUGCAUUGGUCAUAAUAAAAAAAUACAUAAGGUUUAUAAUCAUAAAAUACAUAAAUAAGGAAAAUUAACAGGGGUAAGUCUUCAUUUGAUCAGGACCUACUGUUCCAGUGAAGGGUAAUAGGUUAAGUUGGAACUUUGAGUCAGUGACAAUAUAACGGUCGUUGGGUAAAAUUUUUUGAACGGUUAUGGGACCCUUAAAUUUCGGCAUUAACUUUUUAUUUAUUCCUGGUGUAGUGUCUACGUUUCUAAUCAUAAUCUUUUCGCCCACGGCAUAAUUACGAGUUUGUUUAUGUUUUUCGUUAUAUUUAAUUUCGUUAUAAACUUGGGUAUUUUCGAUUUUAUUAGAAGCGUUUUCACGAAUCAGGGAAAGGUCGCGGUCUGUGUCACAAUAAUUAUCAAGGAUUGUCCUAAUACUGUCCUUAAUUGUACCCUUUUGGUUUAUCCCAUAAAGAAGCCUACUGGGAGUUUUACCCGUUGACCUACAGAUUGUAUUAUUAAAAGAAAAUUCAACGUCAACUAAAAUACUAUCCCAUUCGGCGGGAUUAGAUACUAACUUAGAAAUUAUUGGUGUGAUUACUCGAUGGACUCUUUCGCACUGUCCAUUAGCACGAGGAGUACCCGUAGCGAUUAACGUAUGUUCAAUUAUUUUUGCUUUCAAAAAUUCCUUAAAACGAAUGGAGGUAAAACAUGUUCCACGAUCAGAAAUUAACUUCGAAGGUCUGCUGUAAAUAUUAAAAUAAGUUGUCAAAUGUUUAAUGACUUCGUCCGUAGUAGUACUUUUGCAUGGGAAUAAUCUAACAAAUUUAGUAAAGGCAUCAAUAACGGUUAAAACAUAUUUGAAACCACGUGAAGUUUUUUCUAAGGGACCGUAAUGGUCGAUAUGAAUACAAUUAAAAGGGAGUUUACCUUUAGGUAUACUAUGUAAGUAACCUUCUUGUUUACCGCUAACUGGAGAAAACUCGAUACAUUUAAGACAAUUUUCUAUGUAAUGUUUAAUCUUAUUACGCAUCUGGGGAAACCAAUAAAUUCGUUGAACUUGUUCAACUACUUUGGGGAGACCUAAAUGGCCUAAAUCAUCAUGACAUGAUCGGAUUACAAAAGACUCCAAGGACUCAGGUACGUAAAAUAAUAUUUUUUCAUAGAGAAAUUUGGGAUAAAUCUGCGAAAAUAGCUAGCCAACCCUAAAAAUCUAUGUGUUUCCUUGGACGUUCUAGGAAUAGGAUAUUGUAAGACACCUUGAACAUUCUCGGGACUUGGCCAUAUGCCAUGUUCACUAAUUAAAUAGCCUAAAUAAGUAAUUUCGGUGUAAAAGAAAUUACAUUUGUCGAUUCGGAAUUUUAAAUUGUUGGCAGCUGCAACUUUUAAAACAGAUUUUACUAUUUCGAAAUGUUCCGGAAUAGUUUCGGUAGCUACCAUGAUAUCGUCACUGUAAACAAUUAUCUUAUUAUGUUUAAUUAGUUCGCUAAAAAUCAUGUUAAUAUAUCUUUGAAAAACUCUCGGAGCGUUAGUGAGUCCAAAAGGCAUGUAAAGCCAUUCGUAUAAGGGGUUACGAAAGAAGUGUAAGGAAUGGACUUUUCCGAAAUUUUAACAUGGUGAAAUCCAUUCUGUAGAUCUAAACAACUAAAAUAUUUUUUAUUUCUCAUAGUGUCUAAAUGGUCGUCAAUUAGAGGAGUUGGGUAAUUGUCUUUGAUGGAUAUUUUAUUAAGUUUACGGUAGUCACAACAAAGACGUGUUUCUCCAUUUUUCUUAGUUGUAAGAACAAUGGGUGAAGCAUAAGGAGAAUUACUUUCUCUAAUAAUACCAGAGUUUUGUAAGUCUGCUAAUAUUAACUUUAAAUUUUCUUUUUCAGAAUAAGACAACCUUCGUGGCCGGAAAUAAAUUGGUUGAUCAUGCAUUAAAACUAUAUUCAUUUCAAAAUCGUUAA